GGUGCUCCUAGCCACACAGCUCUUCCUCCUUCUCAGUUGAAGCCUUCGUCUCCUCUGCAGGCUCUGUCUGUCUCCACCGAAACGCCCCCGGCAAGGCAAAGCCGGCGACUCCCCCCCAUCCCUCGUCUCCCAUCAUGAACCUGGUACAGGGUCCAGUCCACAUUCCUGCCCCGCGGCCGUCUAUAACUACCCCCAGCCCCUCAAGAACGCGAGCUCUUGCUGUUCCGCUGCGGCUACACUACACAAACCGAAAAGGGGCUGCGAGGGACAGAGGAGGAGGAAGAGGCCGGCGCGCAGCGCAGCGGCGUGCGGGAUAGCUAGCCUGAUCGAUUCCUCGCCUCCUUCUUCCUCGGAAUCCAGGUGGUGGUGAUCAAGUCCCCUUCGCAUUUCCCCCCCAAUCGAGCAAUCCGUCCGCGCCUGUCACACACAUUGCCCCGCUCUCCUCUCUUGCGGAAUUCGAGCUUCCAGAUAUGGCACCACGAGGAAGACCGAAGCACGUGUGCAACAAGUGCAACAAGAGCUUCUCUUCGGGGAAGGCUCUUGGAGGCCACAUGUCAUGCCACUGGCGCAACGCCAAGCAGCCAAAGAGCACGCCAGGUCCUACUGCCAUUGUUGUCGACUUGCACGUGACGCUGUUGAGUCCAAGUGACAAGGAGACUUCUGUGCCGUCCUCGGGAACACAAUGUCAUCUGUGCCCAAAGGUAUUCUCUACCUGCAAUUCUCCGAGGGAGCACAUGAGGAAGCACAGCGAGAAGAAGGUGUUGGGCAAGCCCAUUGAAGAAGCACCUGGGCUGAUGGAAGCUCUGGUCAUUGCUGAUGGUGACAAUGAUGUCAUGUUGUCUCCUCCUGUGAAGCGCAAGCGGUCAAAGAGGGAGAUGCCAGUGCACACAUUUGGUGAGACAGAUGCUGCAAUUACUCUCCUACUGCUUUCAGAGCAUUCUAGCAAGAUUUCGGCUUAUGAAGAUUGCUAUGGAGAAGAUAAGGACAGGACGAUUUUGAUACCCAAUGUGUCAAAGGAUGUGAAGUUGAAUUCUUUUGAUCAUCUGCUGGUUCGAUCUGCUGGGUUCAAGAAGCCAAAAGGUCACAAGAGUUCAGCUUAUGAUGAUUGCUAUGGGCAAUGCGAGAAGGACAACAACUUGAUCCCCAAUGUCCCCAAGAAGGAUACCCAUUUAUUUGCCAGUGAUCUCAAGUGCAAACCUUUGGUCCCCACUGUUCCCAAGAAUUCAGCUUAUGAGGAUUGCUGUGGACAAUGCGAGAAGGACAACAGCUUGAUCAUCAAUGUUCCCAAGAAGGACAGCACUUUGAUCCCCAAUGUUCCUGAGAAGGACAGCACUUUGAUCCCCAAUAGUCCCAAGGACACCUGUUUGACCCCCAAUGUUCCUGAGAAGGAUAACCAUUCGGUCGCCAAUGCUCCCAAAGAGAUAGAGCUGAAUGUGCUUGAUUAUGGGCUUACUGAAGAUGCUGAACUCAGGUCAAGAGGUAUCAGUGCAGUUGAGGAGAUGAAGUGUUCAUCUGCAGUGAAGGUCAAGAGGUACCAGUGCAAUGCAUGUCAGAAGUCAUUUGGGUCAGGGCAAUCGCUGGGAGGCCACAUGAGGUGUCACCAUCCUAGGCGCAAUGAUCGUCAAGGGCUUGCUGAUUGUCCCGAUUUUGUUGUGACCAAAGAGCAAAAGAAGAAGCUUGAACUGGACUCCAGGUUGCUUGAUCACAGACUUCCAGCUCUUGCCGUCAGAGACUACGUUUUCUCGGGCUUGAAUUCUGAACCUAAGCGGGUGUGUUUGGCAAGCACUGUUCACUGAGCCAAUGCCAGUGCUCACUGUCAUCUGAACUGCCACAGCCACUUCAGUUUUGUAUAUAGGUCAAUCAUAUUAGUAGCAAAAACUCCAAUAUGUCUGCUUGCAGAUAGUCACAACCCACGAGCUUUGUACUGAUACUUUCCUUUACUGGCAAAUUUGUCAGGAUAGUGAAGGACGCUGAUCUAAUGCUGUUGCUUGGUUGCUGACAGUGAAGAAGCUUUUCUCAGUUAAAAGCAGACAAGAGAUUGUGUCAUUCUAGUAGUAUUGAUCUGGAGUUACCUAACAACUUUAGUUAGCUUUUACACAUUUGUGUUUCUGUAAAUGCUCAUAUCUUGAAAGGAUUCGUUAAUAAAGAGAAGCUGGCCAGAGUUGUUUGCUGCAGUUUCUCUAUUUCAUUGUUUUAA